AUGGUUAAAUUGCUGCUGAACAAGGGAGCCAAUCUGAGUGCCAGUGACAAGAAGGACAGGCAGCCCAUUCAUUGGGCAGCUUACCUUGGACAUCUGGACGUGGUUAAGCUGCUGGUGUCUCAGGGCUCGGAUAAGAGCUGUAAGGAUAAGCGAGGAUACACCCCUCUCCACGCUGCUGCUGCCAGUGGCCACGUCGAUGUGGUCAAGUACCUGUUACGCAAUGGAGCCGAGAUUGAUGAGCCUAAUGCCUUUGGAAACACUGCUCUCCAUGUGGCCUGCUACACGGGACAGGAGGCCGUAGCCAACGAGCUGGUCAACCGUGGGGCCAACGUCAACCAGCCCAACCACCGCGGCUACACACCCCUGCACCUGGCUGCCGUGUCCACUAACGGGGCUCUCUGCCUGGAGCUGCUGGUCAACAACGGUGCUGAUGUCAACAUGCAGAGUAAAGAAGGGAAAAGCCCUUUGCACAUGGCAGCCAUUCAUGGACGUUUCACUCGCUCUCAGAUCCUUAUUCAAAAUGGUGGGGAGAUAGAUUGUGUGGACAGAUAUGGCAAUACUCCUCUUCAUGUUGCUGCUAAGUACGGCCACGAGCUGCUUAUCAGCACCUUAAUGACAAACGGUGCUGACACAGCCAGACAAGGAAUUCAUGGGAUGUUUCCUCUACACUUAGCUGUGCUCUACGGGUCCUCUGACUGUUGUCGUAAGCUACUUUCCUCAGGUCAGCUCUACAGCAUUGUGUUGUCAAUGAGUAAAGAACACGUGCUCUCGGCCGGAUUUGACAUCAACACCCCAGACAACUUUGGGAGGACCUGUCUACACGCUGCUGCCUCUGGAGGGAAUGUUGAAUGUCUCAACCUGCUCUUAAGCAGUGGAGCUGACAUGAAUAAGAAGGACAAGUUUGGAAGGACUCCUUUGCACUAUGCGGCUGCUAAUGGGAGGUAUCAGUGUGCGGUGGUUCUGGUAGGAGCGGGGGCGGAGGUCAACGAGCGUGACCGCUCUGGCUGUACACCUCUACACUACUCAGCUGCAUCGACUGCAUUCUGCAGAACGGACCGACCCCAUGCCAGCACCCAUCAGAACCAAGAGGAUGGGGAGAAGGAAUCCUUCCUGUGUGUGGAGCAUUUGUUGGAUAAUGGUGCUGAUCCAUCUCUGUGCAACACUAAAGGAUACAGUGCUGUGCAUUAUGCUGCAGCCCAUGGCAACAAACAAAACCUGGAGCUGCUUUUGGAGAUGUGCUUCAACUCGCUAGGAGACAAGGAGAGCAAUGGGUCUAUCAGCCCACUACACUUGGCGGUGGAGUCGGGUCACUGGGAAUGUGUCACCGUGUUAAUUGAGUCUGGAGCGUAUGUGGAUGCCUGUGACCCGGUGGGGCGCUCUGUGCUGUAUGUGGCCUCUCAAAGAGGACAUGCUCGCUGCGUAGAGCUGCUGCUCUGCCAAUCAGCAUCUUGCCUGCUCACAGAGCACCGCAGCAAAUGGGGCCCUCUUCAUGUUGCAGCUGCCAACGGCCACUCAGAAUGUCUGCGGAUGCUGCUCUGUAGCGAGAGGGGAGCCGACCUAGUUAAUGUUACAGAUGCAGAGGGACAAACACCACUAAUGCUGGCAGUGCUGGGGGGACACACUGACUGUGUGCAUCUGCUGCUGGAGAGAGGAGCUUGCCCUGAUAUGAGAGACAGGAGAGGAAGAACAGCCUUACACAGAGGGGCGGUGAUGGGUCGGGAGGACUGUAUAACCGCCCUGCUGUCCCACAGUGUCUCAGUCCUCAGCAGAGAUUUUCAGGGGCGAACCGCGGUCCAUCUGGCCGCCUCUUGCGGCCAUGCUGACAUUCUCUCCAAUCUUCUUUCUGCUGCUGACCACUCCCACCCCCACGACCCAAUCACAGACCGCCACGGCUACACACCCGCACACUGGGCAGCCUAUCAUGGUCAUGAAGACUGUUUGGAUGUUUUACUUGAACUUAAACCAUGUAGUAUCCAGGAGGGAAACCCCUUCACCCCACUGCACUGUGCUCUCAUUAAUGGCCAUAGUGGUUCUGCAGAGCUGCUGUUGGAAUCCAGUGUUUGUAAUUCGCUGGUAAACAUCAGGGAUGCCAAAGGAAGGACCCCGCUUCACGCGGCCGCAGUUGCCGAGGACAUGGCUGGGCUGCAGCUGGUUCUGCGGCAUGGAGCUGACAUCAACGCCGUAGACCACUCAGGGCGUUCUGCACUGAUGGUGGCCGCCGACAAUGGCCAAAGCGGUGCUGUGGCCCUACUGCUGCACAGAGCCAAAGCUGACCUGUCCCUCCUGGAUGUGAACAAGAACACUGCCCUGCACCUGGCCUGCAGCAAGGCUCAUGAAAUGUGUGCCAUGCUGAUCUUGAAGGAGAUCCACAACCCUAUCCUCAUAAAUGCAACCAACAGUAUGCUUCAAAUGCCCCUCCACAUUGCCGCCAGGAAUGGUUUGGCCACCGUGGUUCAGGCCUUGCUGAAUCGUGGAGCCACAGUGCUGGCAGUGGAUGAGGAAGGUCAUACGCCAGCCCUGGCUUGCGCAUCCAAUAAAGCUGUUGCCGACUGCCUAGCUCUCAUUCUGUCAACCAUGAAGCCUUCCUCCUCCACAUCCUCCUCGUCCUCACCGUCGUCUCCCAGCCUCAACCUGCUCAAGCACUGUGGCAUCACCGCCGCCUGUCCCCCCCUGCCCAAUGGAGGCCUUCGCCAUGGUUACGUCAAAGAUCACCAUGGUGCUACUAUCGGCUUGGAUGGCUACUUGACCGAGUAAGGCGUUCUUACUCGCUAAAAAAAAAAAAAAAAACGNGGUCGCUUGGUUUGGUCCUCUCUACACACCUAGAUAAACCUAUAUGCAACUACAGCCACACAUCCCUCCUGUGCCAGUAUCAAAGCUUUUCUUCACAUCUCAGUAGAGAGUGAACACGAGAGGACGAAUUUAGCUAUUUAUUUCUAUUUAUUUUCUGCCGCUUCCUUUUCCUCCCACCCCUGACUCCCAUUUUAGAUGCUGUCCAUUCAGUGCGAGUCUAAAAUUUGAAUCUAAGCCAUCUAUUCGAACCAGUAUCCAUCACUGGCGAGUCAGUCCUUUAUUUCUUCUCCAUUUGCAGUCGAUUCGACUCGGUUCAUGUUAGAAUUAUGCAGCCGUGUGUCUCCAUGGUAACAGUGAUAAUGGAUGGGUUUCCAUAUCAUGCCUCCAAUUUGCGUGACGCUGUGGCCUUGCAUAGGAAUUUACAGCCUGCCCUGAGGAACAAUUUAAACGGGUUACACUAGAUUUGCAUGAAUUUGCGGGACCAUGUAUUUGAUAGUGGUCUUGUGUGUGUUUGUGUGUGUGCGUGCACGUGUAUGUGUGACAUCCACUUUUGCGCAACAGUCCAAGUUUUUCAUCCCAUACUUGAUUAUUACGUUUCCAGGUUUUUAUGUGAGCUGCAAUCUGAUUUAGCACAGAUCAGGAAAAACAAACAACCUAACAGAAUCAGAACAGAAGGGAAACCAUACUACCUUAAGCCAAAAGACCAAUGACCUCCUGAGAGAGGGGUCUGAUAUAUAAUGCUUGUUUACUUGUUAGAGAGAAAAGGGAUAGUGUUUGGAUGGGUUUUGAGGUUGAAAAUUCAUAUUAGGUUUACAAUGUAGGUAUUAGGUAGUCCAGAUCACUGUUUGUAGGUGGGCAGAAGAAAGAGGAGUUAAAAGUGUCAUGAUUUUGGCCGUUAAAACAACAUUUUGAAUAUGCUACACUAAGGAAGUAUAGAAAGCACAAACAUCAUUACAGAUGCAAACGUCAUAAACAGUACUUGCUCCUUGGGACCUUUGGUUUUAUUUGUUUUGCUUUUUGGGCCUCAUAAAAUUUCUUAAAUUAAAUCUACUGCUUUGCUAUAAUAUUUAGUGUGGAGUUGCUUUCACAGUGCCUACUGAAUUUAGUUUUGCCUACCUACGGUCCAGUCAGUUAAACACACCAUAUGCGCUCCCUUAAAGUCGUCGAAAUGGUGCUUCGACCAGUGAAACAUGAGUAUUUCACUAAAAUCCGUUAUGAAUUCAUCACCUGAAUAGAUGAACGUGUGAUUCAUAUAUCAGAACCCACUUGGGUUGUUUUAGACUUUGGGGAGUGUGUAUAUGUCGAGUGUUUAUGCUGACUGGACCUUUUUUAUUUUUGUUUAUGGUGUUGGGGAGCAGUCAUGGGUAUGACCAAAGUCGAGCAAUUUCUAAUUACCAUUUUAAUAGAAACUAAUAGAUAUCCAAAAAGGCAUUAUCUUUUUAAUUGAAGUACUGAAAUAACAUUCACCCCUGCUCUUUUUAAAAUGCUUCCUUAUUGCCAAAGGUGAAUUGAUUAACAAAGUUAAGGUUGUGCUUCCAUUAGGUUUUUUGCAUCUAAACACAAAAUAAGAACAUUGUGAAUGAGUGUUUGAAACAUCCCUUUUUUUGUUUGUGCACAACAAACAGGCAAUAUAUGCUCAGUCAGUAAUGAGACAAUCAGUUGAAAGGGCUUUUAAUUUUGCCAUAGAUUUCAUUUUUUCAUAAACGCGCAAAAGCGUCAAUUUUUUUUUUCAAUUAGGAAGAGCUAUACAAAUCUAUCUCUCUUAAUUCAAGCAUACUUUCAGGCGUGAAAUGUGGACUUGUUCUCAAUUAUACCAAUACUAUUGCUUUCAUUACAGUAUAUCAGGAUUUUAGUGAUUUAGAUAGAGUAGCUUUGAAGUAUUGUAACAUUAACUGAUAUUUUAUGGGUGAAUGAAGGUGUGUAGACAAACGAAAUAGUAAUGUUAGAUGUUUAAAGGCUGUGUGGAGAGCAUAUUUAUACUGAUUCACGAAAUUACCUCUUCCUCUUUGUAAUGACAGGUUUUGGCUGCUUAAACAAGUUUCUCCACUCCACGCAGACCUGAUAUAAAGCACUUGCUUGUUCAGUAACAAAAAAGGAUGAAAAAAAAUACGCUUUUGCAUCUGUCACAAGCUGUAAAUGGGCAAAUAUCUGACUUCUACUUGCAAGAGUACAAAUGUGCAUGUGUGCUAAUCAGAUUAGUCAAGUUAUGUCGCAGUGUUUUGCCUGGGAAAUAUUUCUAAGUGGGCUACAUGACUAAGAGGAAGUCCCUCAUGGGAGUUUAAUUCAAGCUUAUUUACCUGUACUUGAGCUUGACUUUAUCACGUACAAUAACUUUUGCUGUGGUUUGGUGGAGAGAAUCAGUGCGUGUGUAGACAGCAACAGGGUACGAUAAUGAAGUGCAAGUUGAUGAGAGCUUAAAGUUAUUUGCACUGCCAGUUAUACUGCUUGUAGUUGUAAAAAAAAAUAAAAAAUAUUUAUAAAUUUAGUCUAGCUAGUCGUACCACAUGUAGUUGAGUUCGAAAAACAAGUGCCCGUGGAGCCUGUGAUUAGUAAUACAUUUCAUUUUGGUGCAAGAAAAAGUGCUGCUUUCGAUUGUAUCUUGGAGCUAAUUUUUUAGAGGUGAUCUUUGUCUAUUUAUUAGCGAAAAUAAUUCUUAUCCAGCCAAAACAAACUAAAACGUACUUGUUUUAAUUCCUCAAAUUUCUCGUUGUCUUAUUGGCAUUGCACUAAAAUCGUUGGAAUUGUUUUGUCGAAUGUAUGCCAUGAUGGUAGCAGCUUGCUUCGAUGUUGGUGAAAAACUUGUAUGCAGUAGUUAGCGAUUAAAUAAUUAGCUUGACAACAGGAGCCCUUUCAGAACUUUUAAUAGAGUUGGUGCAUUAGGUGUUCUGUGUACGAACAAUAAGGGAACCGGUCACAAAGAGGCAAGACUUUUUUGUAGGGUAGAGUACUGAUAACUGAUAAGGGGGGUUUCCUCCCUAAAUCAUUUAGUGCCAUAACUUUUCUUUUUCCUUUCUCAUUUUGAUACGUUUGUAAAAAUGUGAAUGAAUGAUUCCUUGGGUUCAGUUUUUGAGUGUGUCAAGACCAUUACCAAAAAAGAAAACGAAUGAAGUCCAAGCUAAGAUAAGCUACUGUGCCCAUUAUAUUUUUUGGAGAUCCACAUAGUGUUAGUUAUUUUAAAAUGCCAGUAAUCACAAUCAGACGGUCUAAAAAUUUCAGUAUAUACUAAGCUAUACUGAUGGGCUGGUUAGCCCUUGGUGGAGAUCACCUCCAUCUGAAAGCUUUUAUGGCUAAGCCAUAACUUAGCAUUUGCCCUUAUAAAUGGAGUAGCCGGAUUUGAGUCAUUCAGUCAACGGCUAAUUCAAAAAUGAUAUUUUAUAAAUGUUCCAUUGUAAUCGAUAGUUCCCACAAACCAUUGAUAAUUUGAGGUUUAUUUCUAAGCAAUGGAAUUACGAAACGCCUUCAUUUCAUUAUUAACCGAAGGGCAAAUUUGACAUUUACCAAAAUGACACAUUUACAUAGCUUUUCUUGUUUUAUUCUGGAUCAGCAAAUUGUGAGCUUGUUUUUUGUUUGUUUUUACACAACUUUGCUAUGAAGGGCCAGCUUUCAUUGCCUGUUGACCAAGUUAUAAUGGUUGCAAUUACAUGCAGGCAGUUGGAAACUAGAGUCGUCUAAUAAUUGUAACCAUUUUGUUGGAAAGCAGAUUAAUUGUAGCUAACUCAGUGUCCUUAUUGUAUGUCCAUCCUGGCAUAUAUAUAAUUUUUUUUCUCGCAAAGGUAUUAAUGGCUGAUAGAAUGUCUGAUUUACCUCAGUGGACCUCAGCGUCCCUACUACUUGAAGACGCAUCCAUUUAAGGCAAUACUCAAAACACCCGUUUCAUUUAAUCUAUGUCUAUCUCCCUACUUUUUGCCUUAAGAGGAAACGGUAUAGUUCAGCAGUCGCAGCACUUGAGAGAUUUUGUCAUUAACUUGGGAUCUCGUUUCGAUGAGAUUCAUAAGAAGCACACUGUUCUAUAGGUUGUUUUGCUGAAAGAUGUACCAUAAUGGCUUCUGGCCUCAAAAUAAUAAUUUUCAUGGAAUUUAUUAAGAGUUUUUGCACUAGAACAUAGAAAGAAAAAAAAAAGUCUUUUUUUUAAUACAUUUGUUUCAAAUAUUUAGCUGUAAAAUUUAUUUUGGAACAGCUAAAUAAACUUUACUCAUUAAGCAAAAAUCUGAUUUAGGUUCUCCUAAAUGAAGCAUUUAAAGUACUGAUUUAUAAAAACACCAAUUUGCAGAAAAAAUUAGAAUGGGAACACGGGUAGUGAAUGGUGAUCUGGCAAUACAUCUAAGAAAAAUAGUAUGUAUUAUCCAAUGCUAAAUAAUUUUAUACAGGACAGAGUAGAUACAUUUUCUCCCCAUUUUUCUGUGUCUUAGUUGAAACAGUUAGGUAGUAAAUACUUGUGUGAUGUUAUAAAUGCAAAUAUUUCUAACAAAGUAAAUAACAAGAGCACAAGAAGAUGUGCUGUACAUAAUUCCUCAAGAAGUGUGGUCGGAAUUGCCUUGACGUGGCAAUCUUACCUCGUAAACUAGCUGUCCUUAAAAUCUAUCGUGCUAUAUAUACUGGUACAUGAAAUUUGGGUGUGCUUUUAGCUACGCAUGCGCCGUGCAACUGGAAUCCUAAGGUCACAUUCUGAGGCCUUGAAAUGGAAAGCAUUGGCUUUUUCAAGGGCUGCUCUUGAACUUGAUGAUGUCCUUCACCCUGGCUUAGUGUUACUUCAUGUUUCUACUCGGUAAGCGCUAAUAGUUAAAAUUUUAAAUCUGCAAGCGAAUGAUUUAAUCAAAAAUAGCUGCUUUUUGUUCUCGCCAGCAGCUUGUUUUCAUAAGGCUAGUUAGAAAACCACCGGAGCCUGACUGAGUGGCUGACCUGACAGGGCACGUAGGGAUCCCUUUAAAAAAACAUUUUCAUAUUUAAAAAAAAAAAAAAGAAAAAAAAAAGCUAUGCAGGAAUACUUCCUUUUAUCUCGCAGAGUUGCAUAGUGCCACCAGAGAUAGCCCAAGAGCUUCAAUGACCGAUCACGGACCUUCAUCUGUAAAUCUAACACUGACCUUACUUGCUUGUUGGCUUCGGUUGAGAAAAUGACUGCUUUGCGUGGCAUGCUGCUAUUUCUUUGGAGUCUGUAAGCAUCAUCAUCUCUUUAAAGUACUACACUUUGUGAUGAGUAUGUGGGAUUGUGCCUUUUGUUAUCAAGUACAUGCCACAGGGUAUGGUCUUCCAUUAACACCUUUAGUGAGCCUUAUGAAUGAACAACUGUUGUAAGUUUCAAAAAUAGCCACCAUCCACGUGGUUGCGUUUUGAGCCGUCAAAACUCACGAUCAAAUUUGUCACGACACCGCAGAUGAAUAAUUAACUUUUGUAAAUUGAAUGAAACCAUAACGGCGAAACAUUUGAUCGGUUCUAGCUAGUGACCUGUUCAAACUCUUUAUGGAACAAAACGUGUUUAGUUUUACAACGUGUGAAGUAGACGUGUGCCGUGUCGUUUUUGUGUGGUAAUGCAUUGGAGAUUAGUUGUAACCCAGUGUCUUGUAGAAUGUUGGCAUGACUCCUUUUCUCUAUGUUGUAUCGACGUCAAAGUAUCCACCUAAAAUGGACUGAAGUGCAAUAACUUUUUUUUUGUGCGCCAUAGUAUCCUUAAUGGAGGAAAAUGCCCUCUUAACAACAUCCAUCAUGUUGUUGUUUUUUUUUUCUUUAAGCAGGGUAUUUUAUUUCACUUAUUUAUUUCUUUUUGGAUUGUACAAAUUUAAACUCCUUCCUGCUUUGCCUCCAUAAGUGGCACUUUCUUGUGGAAUGUACAAUGGACUUGGUGGAAACUGUGAUAGGUGUCAAAGCCUUAUCAAUACUUCUUGCUUACUGGAAAGAUGGCAUUUCUGUUUGCUCAUCGGUUGAUAGGUGAGAGAUUGCCGUUUUCCAUGUACCUUCUCCAGCGCCACUUAAAGUCAGUAUGCUUUCGUGGCAUGUUAAGCAUUUAUGUGUGUGUGUGUGUGUGUGUGUGUUGGGGGUGUUUAGACCUGUUCAUUUACCUCUAAUCAAUUGAUUUGAUACCAAAAGCGAAGCGCAUUGCCUAGAAUUACAGUUCUUUUUUUUUUUUUUUUGGAUUAGAGAUGUGAUGGUUCUAUUUGGAAAUGAUAUAUUGAAUGUUGUUGUUGUUGUCAGCAGUGAAAUAUGCAGGGUUUUAUUUCUCCCCACACAACAGUUGAACUUUGGGCCACAUGUUAUGCGGUACCAAAGAACGUUUCAUUGCUUAUCUUUGGAUCGUUUUUUUUGGGGGGGGGUCUGACAUCAAGAUCCCAAUAUUUGUCAUUAAAUGUCUUCGUACGUUUUAAAUAAUAAACAAAAAAAUGAAACCUGUAUCAUAAAGAAACAUUCCUUUUGAAUUUCAUUGUUCAAAACAGAAGUACCAUUGACAACCAAUACCAGAAGUCAUAUAAUAAUCUUCAGAAAACCUUAAGUUGUAACUUACUUUAAGGUCCUUCAUUUUGGCUUCAAGCAAUCAAUGAUUUCAUAUUUGAUUAUCACAGGGAGCACACUGAAUAAAGUAAUCUAGUAUUUCACAACAUAGGACCAAUGUAUGUCUCUGUAGAGAUGGCAGAGAACAAGAAAUGCAUUCAAGAACAAGCAAUACAAGUAUCAAGACGAGACAAUUGUAUAUUUCUAAAGAUUUGUUGACUCUGGCUGCUUUUGGCCUGGCUAUGUAAUCUGUGGCACCUUUGGUUAACACCCUCUUCUUGUAACUGAAUCCAACAUAAGAGAUUUCAGUGCUGAGAGAGCCUUAUUUCAGUCAAACUGAAUGUGAAUUGGAUGCGUGCAGGAUUUGGCCAUUUCGAAGUGACUGGCUUUAAUCGAGCGGCCCUCCUGUGUCCCAUGUUUGAAUCCAGUUUCACUAGGACCCGCCGUCUUUAAGACUUUCCAAAAGAUUGCUGUUACGAAAAAAAGAAGCUAAAAUACUACACCGUGGCUGUGUUUCCAUCGCCGAAACGCAGAACCGAGCAGCUGAGAUGGAUUCCUGCAAAAACAGGGUUACUGUCACUGCUUCCGAGCUCUGCUUGAACAUGCCAAGUAUUUGAAAAGCAUUAUGACGUGAAGGAAAUGUGACCCUGACUU